AAAUGGUUAGAAUGUUGAGUCAUCUCCGUCCCUUUCCGACCAAUUCUCUGUCUCGUUCUCUCACUGUUCUCUCUUUUUCCCCGACACAGCAACACAAACUCUGGUCUGGUCUCGACACCUGGAGAAACAGCCCCAUCAACGACCUCCGUCUCUGGGGUCCCAACGGCCCUCUCCUCCCUUCCUCUAACUCCACCUCAUCCACCUCCCACGGCCUAGUCUCCGCAGCCCCUUCCCUCGCCGACCUCGGAGCUCUCGUCCUCUCAACCCCCGACCCUCUCUCCAAAUCCCACAUCUCACACUUAGCUUUCUCCCGUUGGCGCCGUGACAACAAUCUCCCCGUUGGCUCCAUCUCCAACCUCCCUUCUUCUCCCGCUCGCCCUCCCAAACCACUCCUCGUUCCGACCAACGAAGUCCCAAGUCCGAAAGACUCUGACCUUCCUCUCAACGCCUAUAUGCUUCACAACCUCGCUCACAUCGAGCUCAACGCUAUUGACUUGGCGUGGGACACUGUCGCUCGCUUCUCCCCUUUCUUCGACGUUUUGGGACGCAGGUUCUUCGAUGACUUCGCUCAUGUUGCUGAUGAUGAGAGUCGGCACUUCAUGUGGUGUUCUCAGAGACUCGCUGAGCUUGGUUUCAAGUAUGGAGAUAUUCCGGCUAAUAAUUUGCUGAUGAGGGAAUGCGAGAACACAUCUAAGAAUGUCGCUGCUCGGUUAGCUGUUAUCCCUCUUGUUCAGGAGGCUAGAGGGCUUGAUGCUGGACCUAGGUUGGUCAAAAGGCUGAUGGGAUUUGGAGAUCACAGGACUUCGAAUAUUGUGGCUAAGAUUGCUGAGGAGGAAAUUGCACAUGUAGCUGUUGGUGUAGACUGGUUUCUCUCUGUUUGUCAAAAGAUGAACCGUGCUCCUUGCCCUACUUUUAAAGAUUUGAUCAAAGAGUAUGGUGCUGAGUUAAGAGGACCUUUUAACCAUUCAGCUCGGGAGAUAGCUGGCAUUCCGCGAGAUUGGUAUGAUCCCUCAUGUGGCACCGAAGUUGAUGAAGGCAGCAACAAACAGGGUGACAAGGAGCAACUUUCUGCGGUGUACGACAGGCUCACUCACAUAAUCUCAAUGGAGAGUGAGAACUCAAGUCUCGAAAGACCAUCCAGGGCGUAACUUAUUGGGCUCUGGAAGUAGAGAUUAGUGCUUUAUUGGCUUUGUUGCUUGUGGGUAACUAUAAUAGUGGAGAUGCAUUAGAGUUGAUCCAGGGAACCUAUUUAUGUUAUGGUCUUGUUAAGAUCCAAGAUACAUUGUUAUUAUCUUCAAUAAAAUAUUCAAGUUGUGCUU